CCUGCCCUCCAUGGUUGCGGAUCCACUCCAGCAGCGGACAGAUCCGCCCUCCCUCCAUCACCCCGCCGCUGGCGAUCACCACCCUCACUCUCUCCUUCUUUCCCUCCAUCACCCAGCAGCGGGCAUGCCGCCGAGGGGAGGAUCCACUCUAGCAUCUCCCAUGGCGCCGCUCCUCUCCGGCGACUCCCGCGCCGCGGCCAUGGCAGGAGGGGAGGAGCCCGAAACCCUCAGGUCCGUAGCGGCGCAUGCCUCGGCGGCUGGUCCUCGUUCAAGGUGGCGACGCGGCUCAGGUUGGCCGGGCACCGCGUCAGCACGCCUGACCUGGCGGCGUCGGGCGUCGACCCCAGGCCGCUGCGCGAGGUGCCAACGUUCCGCGACUACACCAAGCCGCUGCUGGACCUCCUGGAGUCCCUCCCGCCCGGCGAGAAGGUGGUGCUCGUCGGCCACAGCCUCGGCGGCGUGAACGUCGCCCUCGCCUGCGAGCUGUUCCCGGAGAAGAUCGCCGCUGCGGUGUUCGUUGCCACCUUCAUGCCGGACCAUAGGUCGCCGCCGUCGUACGUGCUUGAAAAGUUCAUGGAGGGGAGAACGCUGGACUGGAUGGACACGGAGUUCAAGCCUCAAGAUCCCGAGGGCAAGCGACCUACUUCCAUGCUGUUCGGGCCGCUGGUCACUCGAGCAAAGUUCUUCCAGCUGUGCUCGCCGGAGGACCUCACGCUGGGAAGAUCCCUGAUGAGGGUCAGCUCCAUGUUCGUGGACGACCUGAGGCUGCAGCCCCCGUACAUGGAGGCCCGCUACGGGUCUGUGCCGGCAUCUCCGCUUCAGCCGUGAGAAGUUUGCGGAGCUGAACGCCAAGCUGUGGUACCUCUGAAUCUUCUCCAUUGGUAAAAGUAAAACUGGGAUCCUCAUUUUCUAUGCAUGCAAGACACCUUACUAUUUAUUUGUUUAUUUAUGCAGUAGUGAUAGGCAUACCAAAAACAUAGCAAAAUACCCUAGCACUGCAAUGUGGCGUGUUCAGAACAGUAAUAACCUUAUAGAUUAAUAACAACACUGGUACAACUUUGUGCAUGAGAUAAAUGUGCUACCCAAAUCAUAAGCACAUACCACAUGUACAACUGCUACCCAAAUGAACUACGGCAAGGGACAUAAACACCUGUAGUCCCCUGUUUCUGAGAUUGUUCUAUGUCAGAUUCUCAAAUUAGAUCCUUAGGAAUGGAUGGCUUGUCAAUUAAGUUAGGAUGGCUUGUCAAUUUAAGUUAGAAUGCCACCUUAUGAUUGAAAAUAUGCUGUAGAUCUGGUCUUAUUUAAAUUAGAUGUAGCAGCUGCUGUCGAUUCUGUGUUGUAGUCCCGUGUUUCUCUUAUCUAUCACGGAAUUUUAUUAUUAGUUUAUUGGCAUGGCUGCUCUCUGUUUAUACUGUUCGAAAUGCUGUUAUUUUUUGUUGUUGUUUGUUCUGCAUGGUUCAGUAGUAGAUCCUUCAGAAUGGAGGGCUAGAAUUAAGUUGGGUGGUUGAAAUUAUGCUGCAUAUGAAAAUUAGUUCUACUGUAGUAUACUAUAUUCUCAAGUUUUACAUCCAUCCGAAAAGACUACUUGAAAGGCUACCUCAGGUCCAUCCUCCUCUACCACCGGAGCUGGAGGAGGAGGUUUAACCAUCCAAACCUUCUCACAUUUCAUGGCACUAACAUGCCUCGUCAUUCUGACUACCUGCUUUCUCACUUCAUGGCACUUGAGAACAUUCAUGUUCUGUUUUAUCCAUUCUCACAUUCUGGCAUCUAUUACUUCAACGAUCUCACAAUGGCGGUUUAGGACAUGCUUAUCCUUGCAAAAAAACUGAGCUCAGGCAAUACUAAUGUUUAUAUCUAUCAUUCAGUACUACUGUUUAUAUCUAAUCAAGACCUUAUGAUUU